AACGGAAUCAUUGAGCCGCCAUAAAAAUCGACUUGUACUCGUAUUAUACGGGUCUGUGUGUGAAUUUAGUUUAGCAACUUCGUUUAUCGUAUGAGUAUUGCGUGGGGCUAUAUACACAUACAAACAUAAUCUUAUCGCUCCAAAGCGAAACAAGUGCCAGCAUAUACUACAUCCACACUGCCUACGUAGUCCCACAUUUGUAGUCCUCCAUUUCAAAGUAUUAUUGUACAUAUAGGCUCUCUUCGAUUAGUGUCCCACGGUCGGUUGCAUGUUGCGGGCGUCUCUGAAAAUGUGCGCCGACUUCUUUCUGCACUUCGAAUCCAGUUUCCAAGUGCAAUCGAAUUCAUCAUGAGUUUCGGCACUGAAUACGCCAUCCAUGUGCUCAUCUAUAUGGCGCUAGUUAUCUUAUUUUUCUGCUUUCUGCCGGUCAUUUGUUUUUAUGUGCGCAUCGAGAGCCGAACGCUAGCAAAACUGUGUCCAUCGCGCUGCCACCGGCAACACAAUCAAUAUCGAUACCAACAUCGUCAUCGAAAUCGUAAUUCAAAUGACCGUCAGAACAAUAUUGAGCUGGGGCGACAGAAUAACCGAUAUGGGGAUAUAUUCUUUAUUGAACCAAACAGCCAGGAAGCUGCACGAAUCCGCGAGCAGUUGGAGAAGGAUGAGAAGGAUCUGCCCAGUUAUGAUGAAGUUAUGCGCAUGUGCAAUCUAACAACGCCGACAGCGGCUGCUGCUGCUUCUCCUUCCGUACCAACGUCACCAGUUGUGGAAACGGGACCCAUUGGCAUUGUCGCUUUGCCUGCACCCCCGUACUCCGAGACUGAUCCGAAUCCAAGCAGCAUUGUUGUAAGUCCCAGUGCCUUGGAAUCGGCACCAUCCACGUCGCGAGCUGCACAAAUUCCAGCGUAGCAUUAGCAAAAGUGAUCCCAAAUGCAUACAGUGUGAAUCUGUUAUUGCAGCAUUCCCCCGUGCCACUCUGUGGUCCACACAGAUGUAGAUUUGUGUGUGCCACAUAUUGAGAUAUGAAAAAUGUGUGAUUUUACAAAGUAUAGCUAGGAAUUAACUUUAGACAUUCAUAAUUGUAAAUAUUUAUAAAUUUAAGCUGCAAUAAAAAGUAUAAUAUAGGUAAAAAACGAUAGAAAAAAACACUAC